UUCUGUUUACUCUCUCUUUUUAGCGUCCCCUUCGAAGGCAAGCCAUUGAAGAGGUAGAGAACUUGAUUUUUCGCCAAUGUGGAAGCUCAACGAAUCUAUGUUAGAAGGCAAUGAAGAACGAGGAGAUGGAUUCUUGGAUGACGAAUCAGACGGCUUUUGUUCUCUCUCUCCCAUGCAGAGAGUUUAUGGGUUUGCUGCCUCUUUGGUCGCUGGUUUGGUUUGUAUGAUCCUGUCAUUGAUUGUUUUUGCCAAACCCAUCAAGUUUGCAGCACUGUUUACGUUUGGCAAUGUGUUGGCAGUUGGAAGCACAGCCUUCCUCAUUGGACCUAGGCAACAGAUCGGAAUGAUGUUUGAUUCUGUUCGUGUCUAUGCAACUUCCAUUUACCUUGGAUGUGUUGUUAUUGCUCUCAUUUGUGCUCUUUGGAUCCAUAACAAGAUUUUAACAAUACUUGCAAUAAUAUGUGAGUUCUGCGCCCUUAUAUGGUACAGUUUGAGUUAUAUCCCUUUUGCUCGGAGAAUGGUUUCUGGACUGAUGGUGCGUUUGUGGGACACUGAACUUUAGGAGCUUCCAUCUUAACAAAUGACUCUUUGAGGGUUGAAAUUUUUCGGCUGCGGCUUUUAAUUGUUUUCUUGUUUUUAGUGUUUGAGUUGGGACAACAGGUUUUAUGUUUGUCACAAUUGUAUAUUUCUUGGCUACUUAUUCUCAUUAUCGAUUAUGUCAUUUGUUUGGCUUCA